AUGAAAGAGAAAGCCGCCGCCGCUGUGAUCGACACCACAUUGAUAGAUGCUCUGACACCGCCUCUUCGGGUGCGAGUGGGAUCCCAGGUCCGGGAUGUGGUGGGUGCGGUGCGGGAGAGGCACCCACCGCCCGCCGCCCCCUUCACUCGGAUGUUAGAGGCAAGUUGUUCGUGUGAACUCGAGCGAACGACUGGAGUUUGGGAGCAAACUUGUUUUAUAUCAACACUUCCUUCUACAUCGGGCGCCGUCGCUUCAACUGUGCGUGGGGGGCGACGCGCCCACCCCGCACAAGAACAGAGGAGCCGGGGAGAAGAGACGGCCUCGCUGCCCACGGGGCCCCUUUGUGUGACUAAAUUUGGCAAGAAUAUGGAUCCGAGCCAGUCUUUCCACGUGUGCUCCCAGCUCCCAGCUGAGAAGGCCAAGGGUUCUCUUCCGGGAAAGCCAGUUUGGCUAUUAAGGCAACCUGUCGACACAGAGCAGAGCAAGAUAAGGCCAGGUUUCAGAAAGAAUAGCUGUUUACCAUCAAAGCAACUGGGUUCCACACAGACAUGGUAUAUUAUACACAAAGACGAAGAGCCCAUGGUUUAUAGACACCCUUGCAGCUGGAGUUCUGGAUGUGAAUUAGCCUGGACCAAUCAGAUGCAUCUCAUGAGACUUCAAUUCACACCUAAGAUUCUCAUCUUGGUGUCCAGGCAUUGUUCCUCCACCUUUAAUGCCAAUGAGCUACCUGUGGUGCUGGUGGAUCCAAGGGGACAGUUCAUGAUACCCGGACCUCAUCCUCUUACUUCUGCAGAAAGCUUGUGUGGAUCACCAUGAGAAUCUUUUCAGCCAAGUCAUUUUGGUGGCCUGCAACAUUCUCCUAUCUAAGCUUAACAGGAAACAUAACUGGAAGGCCUUGUGAAACUUACAAUCAUGGUGGAAAGUGGAGAGGAAGCACGCAUGUCUUACCAUGGCAAAGCAGGAGAGAGAGAGAGAGAGAGAGAGCG